AUGGAAAAUCCAAAAGAUAUCCAGACGAACACAGUUGUCGAAAUUGCUCCAGAUGGCGACCUUUUUCUGAUAAUCGGACCGGAAGAGACAAAACUCCGUGUCCGUUCUAUGUUGUUGGUGGCAGCCUCGAAACCCUUCUCAGUCAUGCUCGGGCCAAACUGGAAGGAGGGUCAUGAUAUGCGCGGUCGCGAUGGGCCAUUCGAGUUAUCGUUGCUUGAUGACAAUGCUGCUGCAUUAAAAAUUAUCUGUUCCAUUAUUCACCAUCGGAACAGAGAAGUACCUCGAACCCUCGCCGCUGGCGAUGUCCUCGCAGUUGCCGUCGCUGCAGACAAGUAUGAUUGCGUUGAUGUUCUAAAGUUUGCAAGCGAAACCUGGCUUCGAAACUCUAGAGAUGAAGCUGGCAAUUUAAUGCUUCUCACUGCCGCGGCAUACCUCUUCCAGAAUGCACAAGCAUUCAAGGAGAUCACUAGAGCAUUGGUACUUGACUAUUAUGGUCCUUGUCUUGCUCUCUCCUGGGAUGAAGCUGAAUCUGCUAUACCGUGGAGGGUUUGCUGGACGAGCAGAGAGGUUUCGCAAGGCUAA